AUGUUUUUGGGAACUUCGGCCUCAAUUGCUCUCAUCCUUGCCAGCAAUGCGCUCGCUCAGAUUUUGACGAAGUCUGUGUGUUCCACUAUACUCGUGACCAUCUCAGAACUUCCAACCGUGCCGACCACUGUGGUUACUGUCACUGUUACAGCACCAACUAGCACUUUUGCAGUGUAUACAUCAUCAGAUGUUCCUACGCCAGCAGGAUUAACUGCUAUCCAAGACUACCUGCUCGGCGUAUCCGGCAUCACUCAAGCAGCAAAGCGCGCCGUAGCACCCAAACAAACCAGCAGCACAACUUUAGUGAAGAAAACGAGUAGCUCAGCGGUAGCUCCGAACCCUACCGCACAAGCCAUGUCCUUCGUGAACGGGAAAGUGAAUCUUGCCGGCCAUCCACAAUAUCCGCAAACCGUCACAUGCAAAGAGAAUUACAUUUUCUACAAUACGUCCACAAAGUACACCGUUGCUAAACCAACGACCAUUUUCAUAGGCUACACAGAAUCAUCCACAACCGUCACGUCGACUCCAAUAGCUACACAGACGGUCCCGGCGGCGGACACCUACGAUGGUUGUGCGGCAAACAACAUUGUCACAGAUAUAGAUUCCGUCAACUACGUCUUCGCACCCGUUCUUAAACCCUUUCUGUCUAAUCUCGGACCCCUCAUUCUCGACAUCCCGAGUGCGACAGCUUGCUGCGACACAUGUUUCAAUACGCCGAACUGUGAAGCGUCCGUCUAUUUCGCUGCUAUUGAGACAUGUCUUCUAUCUACAGCUUACGUCUAUGCUCCUUCUGUGGCUGGAAUUGUAUUCGGAGUUGCAGCCCAACCACUCAUUCCUAGUCUCUUUGUCACAAUUUCGAAUGGACCUUGUGGGCAAUUAGCUUUUAGCUCGCUGAUCGAUGGACCUGGUGUGACUCUUUAG